GAUAUAAAGUAUGCUGGAAUGAAAAGUCAAUCCAUGACGUCUGCGCCAACUGACUGAAAUGCCAAGGUGGGAUGGAAUAUUCAAGAUCCGCCCUCCCACAAGGUGUCUCUCCACCUUUCAGCAUCCGGAUUACUUCAGCUUCUUACAACGGACAAAAUGUGGGGCUCGACAGGACGAAAGUCCUCUAGAUCACAGACUCCCGAUCCAUCACAACAACAAGAUCAGUUACGGAAACAGAUAACGUCUCUUUUUACCUAUAAUGAUCACAUCAAAGAACUCACACCCGAAAAGCAAUAUGAGUUGCCUUUCUCUGCCGGGAGUCUAGAUAUAAGUCUUCUCAUAAACGUACCUUCAGAGUUUCCCCAGGAUCCACCGAUCAUCACCGUCAGUCCAAAUGAUUUGAGACAUCCUUGGAUAGAGUCGAACGUCGUUACGUGGCAAGAAAAGUUGCAUGCAAAGAACUGGAACUCUCAAAGUAAUCUUGGGAAAAUACUACAAGAGAUUCGAGAAGAGUUCAUUCGUGCCCCUCCUGUGAGAAGUGCGCAGUCGGACGUUGUUGAUGAUGACUGGAUCGCGGUUACUAGCCCAGUAUCUUCACGGCCACCCCCACCAAUACCUCGAGACAACAAUAGUGCACAACCUCAGAGCAAUAUACACGACUCGUUAUCCUCUACCCUAGCAAUCGAAGCUAAUAUAAUCAAAUCAAAGUCUAACGAAGAGCUGGAGGAGCUUUUGUCUAACGAAUCGGCAUUCGAAAUGUUUUUCCAACAGCUGGACCAGGUUCAAGAGCAGAAGACAGUACAAGAAGAGCUUAGGAGGGGUAAUGAGCUUUUUGCUAACAGAAACCUAUCUGUUAAAGAUGAUCUUCAACAGCUUCAACAAGAGGUAUCAGCACUGGAUGCUGAAUGGAGAGAGGUUUGGCAACAGUUUCAAGAAAAUGACCAGCGACAGCAAGCAGCAUUCAAUAGAUUUUCCACUGCCAACAUUAUCGGUCGACUACGAGCGGCCGCACUGGAGUGUGACGAUCUGUCCGAGUCAGUGGCGCAAAGCUUUUUGGAUGGGAGCUUGGAUCAUGAUACCUUUGUUAAACAGUUUCGUGACUUACGUAAGGUAUAUCACCUUCGUGCAAGCAAGGUAGAAAGAGGGCAGCGAAAUGAUAUAUCCUGAAGAAUGAAAUGAGAUUAAGUAUCUCCUGUACUAUACAACUUUACAGACAAUAAAUCGCAUUAAAAAGAGUUUAUUCAGCGC